AUGGCGCCGCACAAGAUCAUCAUCGACACAGAUCCCGGCGUCGACGAUGUCAUGGCCAUGCUGUUGGCGCUGAGUGCUUCUCCAGAAGAGCUCGAAGUCGCCAUGUUGUCCGUCACCUAUGGAAAUGUUCCCCUGCAAAGCUGCCUCCGCAACGUUGUCGCCAUGUUCCACGUACUAGAAAAGGAGAUGGAGUGGCGCAAAUCCACCGGUAGAGUCGAGGGAUUUGAGACAAUGAAGAAGAGCAAGCCCAUCGUGGCCGUUGGACCUGAACACUCACUCGAAGACGAAUGCCUGAUGGCUGAUUAUUUCCACGGUCAAGAUGGAUUGCACAACGUUCACGAAGCACAUCCUCACCUCAGCCCCGCCGAAACAUGGAAAUCUCUCUUCCAAGAAGACGCAACAGCGCAAGCCCACGCCCAAUCACCCUUCUUCACACCCUCCAAGGAGCCAGCCCACAAGGAGAUGCUGCGAAUCCUCAAAGAAAACCCCAUCGACACCGUCUCAAUCUGCGCCGUCGGGCCCCUGACCAACGUUGCCCUCGCCGCCGCCGAAGACCCCGAGACCUUUCUCCGCGUCAAGGAGCUGGUCGUCAUGGGCGGCGCCGUAAACGUCGAGGGCAACAUCACCCCCGUCGCGGAAUUCAACUGCUACGCCGACACCGUCGCAGCGGCUCGCGUCUACGCCCUGACAUCGUACAACCCGGCCUCGACCAUGCCGCCGCUGCCUGAGAAGCUGUCCACCCUGCCGGCGUACCCGGAGAAGCUCUCCCGCCAGCUCAGGCUGACGCUUGCCCCCCUCGACAUCACCACCCCGCAUCUCAUCACCAAGAACUUCUUCGCGGACCGCAUCCAGCCGCACCUCGACGCCGGCAGCCCCCUCGCCACGUGGACGUCGCACUUCAUCAAGGGCGCCUUCAGCCAGAUUGAGAGAAUGGAGGGCAAUGGGGGCGAGCCGGGCCUCUCUCUGCACGACCCCCUCACCAUAUGGUACAUGCUCACGCACGACGAUCCCAAGUGGAAGUUCCCCGCCAAGCUGGAGGACAUCCGCGUCGAGACUUCAGGACAGUGGACUCGAGGCAUGCACGUUGUUGACAAUAGACUGCGAAGCAAGCCCGCCGAGCUUGCCGCGUUGGCAUCCCUAGAUCCACGCGAGGACCCCAACGUCGUCAACAAUGACGAAGCUCCAGGCGAUACCUUUGGCUGGCUGAGUGUUCUUAAAGGCAACAGGGUAAACCGGCUCGUCGAGUCUCCUGGUGAGGACAUGUUCAAAGACGUCUGGAUGAAGCGCGUAUUUGCGUAA